AGACCGGACCGCGUCACGUGACCCACACCACAGCUUUGCCCAGGGAUGGAGCCAGAAGAGGGGACCCCCCUGUGGCGGCUGCAGAAGCUUCCAGCCGAGCGGGGCCUGCAGCUUCUUCACAAAAUAAUUGACGGCAUUUGUGGCCAAACUUAUCCUCUCUAUCAGGAUUAUCAGAGUGUUUGGGAUUCCACAGAGUGGAUUCAUGUCCUGGAAGAUAUUACCAAAUUUUUCAAAGCUGUAGUUGGUAAAAAUUUAUCUGAUGAAGAGAUAUCUCAGCAGUUGAAUCAGUUGAAUUCAUUUCAUCAAGAAGCUAUGAUGAAAUGCUUGAAAAGUAGAAAAGAUGAAAUUAAACGGGCUCUGUUAGAUGAAAUAGUCGAUAUUUCCUCUGCACAGUUACAGGAUUUUGAUUGGCAGUUAAAGCUUGCACUUUCCAGUGACAAGAUUGCUACAUUACAGAUGCCACUUCUAAACCUGCAUCUAGACGUCAAAGAAAAUGGUCAAGUCAAACCAUAUUCUAUCGAAAUGAGUAAGGAAGAGCUGCAGAAUCUAAUAAAUUCCUUGGAAGCAGCUAAUAAGGUCAUCCUGCAGUUGAAAUAACUGGCAUUGAUGAAUACCAACAUUAUCAGAUUCCACUGCUACAGCUGAUAUGACAGAGUGAAUAUUGUGUGUUCAGAAGACCUGCAAUAUACCAUUAUGCCAAGCUGAGAAAGCAGCCGUGUUGAAAUGACAAAGAUAAAAAUUUAUCAACUUCCCUAAAGAACAGGAAAUUACAUGGUUGACAGGAAAGGCAUUAAAAAAAUUAAAGAUAAAAAGCUAUAUUAGCGGUUUAUAUUUUCAUAAUGACUGUUCUGCUUCAUUUAUUAAAUAUUUGAGAGAUCUUUAUAAAUAUAGUGUUGCUAAAAACUAAAAAUAGGCUCUAAAGUAAUGUAAACGUACAAAGCACAAAUAAACAACUUGCUAAAAGAAGAAUGUGACUAGCAAGCAUGUAUAGUAUGGAUAUGUAUGACUAAUUUGUGAUAUUAAAAAAAUAACUUAAAGAAUGUAUAAGCUAUAUAUACAUAUAACUCAAGAGAUUCUAUAUCUUACUCAUAUUUCAAAGGAAGGAUUAUAAAAUGUAAAAAUUCUUAGAGAAAGAAGCUCUUCUGAUAUGAACAAGAAAAAAAUAACCAAAUCUGUGUAAAUAAUUUUUAGUUUAUGCAUUCUAGAAACAAAUCUUGUACUAGAACAUAGAAAAAUGCAGUAACACUGCUGCUCUUCUAUGUCUGGGUCUGAUUGGGAGAGUAGGAGCUGAUAGAAAGAAUGUGUAUCAUUGUACAGUGUAUAUAUUACUCUUCACAUAUUAGCUAAGAUUAUAUAUAUGUUCGUUUUUGUUAUAAACUUAAUAUUGAAUUUAACAGUUUUGUAUGUUUAUUGGCAAACAGGUCACUUUAAAUUUCAGUUACGUUUAAAGUUCUGAACAAAUAAAAAAUACAAUUGUAUGAUACUGCUUUAUUUCAAAUGACUUUCCACAUAAUGCAAUAAUACAUAAUUAGCACCUGCUAUUUGCAAGCUCAUUAGCGCAUCAGAUUAUUAUUUGAGGUGUCCAGAGCAAUUAUUACUAUUCUCAUCAUAUAGAUGAGGACAGGCUUAGAGAGGUUAAUACAAAUCGGAAUGUGAUGAGGAUGGU